CAAGGCCAGAUGUGCAGGGUGGCAGGGCCUGGUAAGCCAUCUAUUCAUCCAGUGAAUACGAACAGAGUGCUUACACAGUAGGCUCUGAGUCAGAGCUGGAAGUUUGGGGACAGAUGAGGCCGACAGGGUCCCUGAUCUGAAGGCAGUGACCUAGUGAGAAGUAACAAGGAAGUGAGACGAUUGCAGACAGUGAUCCUAUAAGGACCACAGUUAAGGAGUUUGUAUUUUGUUAAAAGGACUAUUUUCUUUUCAGUUUUUUAAAUGUUUAUUUUUGAGAGAGACAGACAGACAGAAUGUGAGAGGGGGAGGGGCAGAGAGAGAGGGAGACACAGAAUCCGAAGCAGGCUCCAGGCUCCGAGCCGUCAGCACAGAGCCCAGUGCGGGGCUCAAACCACAAACCGUGAGAUCAUGACCUGAGCUGAAGUCAGACGCCUGACUGACUGAGCCACCCCACCCAGCCACCCCAAAAGGACUAUUUUUAAAAGAUCAUUGCAGCUGUAGAGAGGGUCCAAAGCACAGGACGUCAGAGACUGUCCAGUGGACCACUGGGGUAGUCAUGCUGGAGCUGAUGCCCAGGAAGGCAGUGGAGAGGAGAGGUGGGCAUGAAUUAGGGAGAGAUUUUUGAGCUAGAAUCCAUAAGAUACAGUGAUGAAAUGGAUGUUGGGGGUGAGAAAGAAAGUAGAAGUCCUUCCAAAUUCUCACCCGAGAGAACACUGCCCAGCAAGGGGAAUGAAGAAGCAGCUUGGGGGGGGGGGGGUCCUUACCCCAAAGUAGACCUACUGUGUGCUUCCCAUUUACAUAAAGUUAAAAGCAGGCGAGACUAAAAACUAACCUAUGAGGAUAGACUCCAGAAUGGUGAUUCGUCCUGGGGGAAACAGAGAGGGAGGGGACACCAGAGACCAAGCAGGGCACAUGGGCCGCUGGCUACACAGGCGUGUUCUGAAAAUUCAUCCAGCUACUCAUUUCUGUUCUGUGCACUUUUCUAUGCGGCUGCUGUGCUGCAAUAAAAUAUUACAUAAAUAAAUAGAAUAAAGAAAGCAUAAAAAAGUGAAAAGCAAUGACCUCCAGUUUUUUGCUGUUGCUCUGUUAAUUGAAUUUAAUUUUAAAGUUUAUUUAUUUGUUUUGAGGGAGAGGGAGAGAGAGAGCACGCACAAGCGAGGGAGGGGCGGAGAGAAGGAGAGACAGAAUCCCAAGCAGGCUCCGCACCAUCAGGGCUGAGCCCAGUGUGGGGCUUGAAUUCACAAAGUGUGAAAUCACGACGCGAGUGGACAGCAAGAGUCAGAUGCUUUGCCAACGGAGCCACCCCAACGCCCCUGUUGCUAUGUUAAUUUUAAACAACUAUUGGUAAGUAGAUGGGGAAACGGAGGAAGGGACAGGUUCAUGGGGGCAGAUGAGGAGAAAACAAGCAGAGAUGUCCGAGAGGCAGCCAGGGGUACAAGUGUGGAUUUGGAGGAGUGUCAGGGCCGGGAAGAAUCUUUGGAGCCUCUGGAAGGAUUUACAGCUGGUGGAAUAAAUAAAGCAAUUCAGGGAGCAAAUCGGGAAGCAGGUGCCAAGGCAAGGGGCCCAGAACCAGGCCUGGAAGUUUGGCUGUCCUCUGCCUCUUGGAUCCACGGUAACCCUCUGGGCAUGCGCACUCGGGGCUCAUGUCCAGCUCCCCCCUCCUCCUAUCCCUGCCCGCCCCUGCCCCCCAGCCCCCAGGCCUGUGUCUCCAUCCAAGCCAGCCCCCUACAGGUCUACCCAGGGCAGCUUCAGCCGCCAGCCUCUGGCUCUUUCUUCUCCAGGGGUCUACCCUUGGCUGCCUCUCCUCUUUGGCUUUUUUUUUUUUUUUUUUUUUUUUUGGUCUCUCUCUGGGGCUUCUUGAGGCCCUUGAAUGGGAAAAUCCCUACCUUUGAAAUCCCACAAUCUAUUUUUAAAAAAUCGAUAACUGAACAUCAUCACAAUGAAAAAUCUCCUCUGUGAAAGAUAAUGUCCAGAGAGGGGAAAAGAUGAGCUAUAGUUUGGGAGAGAAUAUUUCCAAAUCAUAUAUCUGACCAAAGCUUGGAUCUAGAAUAUGUAAAGAACUCUCUAAACUCGACAGUAAGAGGGGCGCCUGGGCGGCUCAGUUGGUUAAGCGUCCAGCUCUUGACUUUGGCUCAGGUCACGAUCUCAUGGGUUCAUGAGUUCAAGCCCCGUGUUGGGAUCUACGUGACAGCGUGGAUCCUGUUUGGGAUUCUCUCUCUCCUUCCCUCCCUGCCUCUCCCACACUCGUGCACCCCCCCCAUCAAUAAAUAAACAUUAAAUAAAAAUAAACUCGACAGUAAGAAAACAAAUCAUCCAAUUAACAAACAGGCAACAGACUGGAACAGACACUUCGCCCGAGAAGACGCAUGGAUGCAAAAGUGUCCCGGGGCUGCCGUGUAACAAAGUACCACAACCCGGGGGGCUUCGAAGAUACAUCUCAUCUCUCACAGUGCUGGAGGCUAGAAGCCCAAAGUCAAGGUGUUGAGGGGCCAUGCUGCCUCUCUGGUGGGUGCAGGCCAUCUCUGAUGUUCUCUGGCCUGCCACCACAACAAUCUCUGCCCCUGUUGUGACCUGGGUGUCUGCCCUCUGAGCGUCGGUCUUCACCUGAUGUGCUCCUCUGUGUGCCCGUCUGUGUCUCUUCUCUUCUUCUAAGGACACCAGUCAUACCGGACUAGGACAUACCCUAAUCACCUAUGACCUCAUCUUAACUUGAUUACAUCUGCAGAGACCCUAUUUCCAAAUUACAUCCCAUUCACAGGAAACGGUGGUGGCGGGGAGGGGGGUGACCUCAACACAUCUUUUGGGGUCAGCAGUUCAGUCCACGACAGAAAAUAAGCGCACGAAAAGAUGUUCAAUAUCAUCAGCCAUCAGGGAAAUGCGAAUCACAACCACGCAACUAAGGAAACCGAAUAAGAAAGACGCAGAAGUAUGUAACACAUUAUACAAAGAGUUCCAGUGAAGACUGUUUAAUUAAAAUCUGUCGCCUCGAAACCCAACGAUCAAAAGUUUAUAUGUGGAUGACGUCCGAGUACUAAAAAAAAUGGUGAAGAAGGUGCAUGUUCAUUUACAGGUGGAAAUAACUAGAAGGGUAGAAGGGGUGCCCAAAACAACAACAACAACAACAACAACAACAACAACAACAACGGACUAAAAAAGAAGAUUGGUUAUUCCAAAACUGUCUCUGAAAAACGGCCACUCUGAAAAACAGCUUGGCAGUCUCUCAUAAAGUUAAACAUACAUUUAGCACAGGACUCCUCCUAGGUGGUUACCCUACAGACAUAAAAACCUGUGUCCGUGUAAAAUCCCGUACAUAAAUCCCUAUCGAUGUUCAUAGCAGCUUCAUUUGUAAUGGCCCAUACUGGAGAUCACCCAUUCCAUACAGUGGAAUACUAGAUGGUAAUAGAAACGUUUGGGAAUAAAAAGGAAGGAACCGUUGAUACGUGCAACAACCUGGAUGGGUCUCAAGCACCUAAAAAAAAAAAAAAAAAAAAAAAAAAAAAAUCAAAAAGGGAGCGUUUGUAAACACUGAUGAAAUCCGAAUAAUAUGUAGAGUUUUGUUGUGCCAACGUCAGUUUCCUGGUUCUAACUGCUCUCUGGUUAUGCAAGAUGUUACCCUUGGGGGAAGCUGGGUGAAGGGGGCACAAACACGAAUGAAAGAGGAGAGAUCACAACCAACACAGCAGAAAUAAAAACAAUAAUAAGAGAACAUUAGGAGCAAUGAUGUGCCAAUAAAAUGGGAAAUCUGGAAGAAAUGGACAGAUGCCUAGAAACGUAUAAACUACCAAAACUGAAACAGGAAGAGAUAGGAAAAUUGAACAGACCCAUAACCAGUAAAGAAAUUGAACCAGUAAUCAAAAGUCUCCCAACAGGGGCACCUGGGUGGCUCAGUCGGUUGAGCGUCAGACUUCGGCUCAGGUCAGGAUCUCACACUUUGUGAGUUCGAGCCCCGUGUCGGGCUGUGUGCUGACAGCUCAGAGCCUGGAGCCUGUUUCAGAUUCUGUGUCUCCCUCUCUCUGCUCCUUCUCCACUCAUGCUCUGUCUCUCUCUGUCUCUCAAAAACGAAUGAACGUUAAACAAAUUAAAAAAAAAAAGUCUCCCAACAAACAAAAGUCCAGGACCGGAUGGCCUUCCAGGGGAAACCUACCAAACAUUUAAAGAAGAGUUAACACCCAUUCUUUUGAAGCUCUUCCAAAAAAUAGAAAUGGAAGGAAAACUUCCAAACUCCUUCUCUGAGGCCAGCAUUACCUUGAUUCCAAAACCAGACAAAGACGCCACUUUCCUUACCUCUUAAGCAACAUCUGUGCGAGUCUAAAUUCUUUCAACAUAAAAAGUGAAAAAAAAAAAUUCUCCCCAGUGUGGAGUGUCAGAUGCCCAAGGCUGUCACCGAAGGGAUGGGCCUGAAGCACACCCGCAAGCUUUUUUCUACCAACCUACUGAGGGGGAGGGGUCAAAACUACAGCUGGCCUGGGGGAGUCAUUCAUUCAUUGAUUCAUUCAUUCAUUCUGAACACCUCCUCCAUGUCAGGCUCUAGACCAGACAGCCAGGCUCCCUGCCUUAUGCUUCAACGUGGGGCCUGAGGCCAAGAGACCCCAAAACAUCCAGAUACCCAGAAACUCGGAGAGAUUGAAAGACAGCAGAGAGAUCAAGAGAUUAAGCGACUCAGAAACCAACAGUGCCUGGGGGACACAGAGCAGGAGGGGCAGUCCCUAGGAAUGAAAAUUCACACUGGCAGCCAGGGCCGAAGCCUGAGCCUGGGAGCAAAAGCAGAGACGACUGCUGGGUGUCCAACCAGUGACAAGCAGCUGGGUCACAGGAAGGAGCCUGCAUCUGAGGUCCUGGGACCUGAGCUCCAAACCUGGUCCAGUACUCACCACCCAUGUGGCCCAGCCACAUUCCCUUCAUCUUUCAUUUAAAUGUCAGAGGUCGAGGCCCUGAGCCUCAGUUUACCAUCUGAGAAAUGGCAACGGGAACCACAAGACCUACUUCCCAGGGGCAGGUGUGUUGGUCCCGUGACUUGAGCCCACUUGGGACUUGGAGCAUAAACGAUUCAGCUUCUUUCUGGCCUCCGUUUCUAUUAAAAUAUGUAUUUUAUUUUUUAUUCUAUUAUUUUUAGGUUUAUUUGUUUAUUUUGAGAGGGGGAGAAGCAGAGGAAGGGCAGAAAGAGAGGGAGAGAGAGAAUCCCAAGUAGGCUACGUGCUGUCAGCACAGAGCUUGAGGCGGGCCUUGAUCCAUCGAUGGAUAAAGGGAUAAGCAAACUGUGGUCUAUACACAAAAUGGAAUAUUAUUCAGCCGUAAAAAGGAAGGACAUCCUGACACAUGGUAGGGCGUGGAUGAACCUUGCAGACAUGCUAAGUGAAGUAAGGGCAUCCCAAAAAAAGCCAACCCCUGUGUGAUUCCACCUGCAUGAGGUCCCUAGAGUAGUUGACUUCACAGACGCAGAAGUAAAAUGGUGGUUGCCAUGGACCAUGGAAGGGAAACAGGGAGUUACUGUUUAACAGGUAAAGGCGUCCAGUUUUGCAAAUGGAUGGUGGUGAUGGUUGCACACUAGGAAUGUACUUAAAACUACUGAACUUAAGGGGCGCUGGGGCGGCUCAGUCGGUUGAGCGUCCGACUUCCGCUCAGGUCAUGAUCUCGCAGUUGGUGAGUUUGAGCCCCGCGUCGGGCUCUGUGCUGACAGCUCGGAGCCUGGAGCCUGCUUCGGAUUCUGUGUCUCCCUCUCUCUCUGUUCCUUCCCCGCUUGCACUCUGUCUCUCCCUCUCUCUCAAAAAUAAAUAAAGAUUUAAAAAAAAUUUUUUUUAAACUACUGAACUUAAGCAUGGCUAAGGAGGCAAUUCUCAUUAUGUAUAUUUUACCACAAUAAAAAAAAAAAAUUGGGAGCGUCACCCGUCAAAUGUGGAAAGAAAUGCAGGUGCUGACUGUCCCAUAGGGUUGGAGAGGGAGUAAAUGAAGCGGUGAAGACGAAAAUCUUAAGGGCAGGUAGGGGCGAGGAGAGGGCUUGACUGUCUUUGGCAAAGGCCUCCUCUCCAGGCUUGGAGCCACAGGCCCGGCUCCCCCAGCCGCUAAAGGAUCUUGGGAAGGGGAUGUGGACUCUGGGAAUUCUCGUGCCAGGACACUCUCUUCUCUAGCUCCGAGGUUUUUGAGAUUCCUGGAUCUGAAACAAACACACACACAGCCAGCGACCCUGCCCCAGCAAGGCGCAAUCAGUGAACGGGGCCCAGGCCUCAUUUCCGGGCCCUGCACCUUGGCUCCACCUUUAUAAAGAGGUGGGGAGGGGGCCGUGUCGCCAUGCAGGCCCUGGGGUCCCGCCGGCCUGCCUUUACCCCUCUUGAAGGUGGUGCAGCUUUGGAGAAGCCCUUACCCGGGGAGCCGCAGCUGGGAGGCGAAUGUGGAGACCGAGCUGACUCCAGGCAGAGGCCAUCCUGCCCCACCGCGCCCUACCCGCCCCCACCCCCAUGAAAUGAGCGACACUCAAGACUUUGCCACUUUCCCCGUGGUUGCCACCCAGGUGAAGCUGGGGGGCUGGAGCCGUCAGGGUGGGGGCAGCGUGUCUCUCUGCCCGCGCCCGCACCAGGAGCUCCAGGCCUUCCUCAGCCUUCUGGAGCACAGUUUCCUGCAGGAAUUCCUUUCCAGAGAUCCCUGUUUCCAGAUUUCAGAUAAGUAUCUCCUGGCCAUGGUGCUGGUCUACUUCCGGCGUGCCAACCUGAAGCUCAGCGAGUACACCCACAGCAACUUGUUCUUGGCGCUGUUUCUUGCAAAUGACAUGGAGGAGGAUCUGGAGGACCCUAAAUGUGUGAUUUUUCUGUGGGCCCUGGGAAAAGAUUGGCGUCGUCAGGUGGCAGACUUCCUGCACCAGAGGGAUAAGCUGUGGGCCCGGAUGGGCUUCCGGGCCAUGGUGAGCCGCCAGUGCUGUGAGGAGGUCAUGGCCAAGGAGCCGUCCCAUUGGGCCUGGACUCGAGAGCGGCGUCCCCACCACGGUGGAGCUCAGAGGGGCUGCCCAAAGGCCCGGGUGCCCCUGCCUGGAGGCCCCGGCCUCUCGCCUCCUCACUGUUCCCUCUGUGGCUUGCUCCCUGCCCACGGCCUCUGCAGCCACCAGCCCCGCCCCUUGCCUGUCUUAUCCAAGUGCCCUUCCCCAAACCCUGAGUGCCAUUGCCCUCCCUCCCAAGCUUGUCUCUCAGUGGCCGAAGACCCCUUGGUGGGGGGCUUCCUCAUCAUCCUGCCCCCCCAACUGCAGCUGGAGCCGGGCACCUACACUCUCCACAAUGGCACCAGUGGCCAGUGGCUCCCCAAUUUGUACUUCUGAGAGCUGUUCCCUCCCCAAGCAUCUCUGCUUGGAGGGAUUGUUCCCAAAGGUCUUCCACUGUCUCCCCAGCUUGGUGAGUCAUUAAUCCACUUAAGUGGUCAAGCCACAUCAAGGGUUCAGUGUUAUCUUUGAACCCUCCCGGUGUUCCAAGAGCCAGAUCUAAUCAGUAAUUAGGUCCUAUUGGUGGGUCUGUGUGUGUUUUUAAGACUAAUUUUUUAAAAGAUUUUUAUUUUCUGAGUAAUCUCUACACCCAACGUGGGGUUCAAACUUACAACCCCAAGGUCAAGAGUCACAUCCUCUACCAACUGAGCCAGCCAGGCACUCCAAGUCCUGGUGGUGUUUUUAACAGCUUAUUGAGGUCUAGUUGACAUACAAUAAACCACGUAUACUUAAAAUGUACAUUUUAUUUUGACAUGUAUACACCCAUAUUACCAUAAUCGAGAUAGUGAACGUAACCAUCACCCCAAAAAGUUUCCUCGAACCCCUUGUCCAUCCUUCCCUUGCACCCUUUCCUACCUGCCGGCCCCCACUCUCGCCUCCAGGUAACCACUGAUCUGCUUUCUGGCACUCAAUUGGCAUCCUUUCUCUGGAAUUUUCAUGUAAGUGGAAUUACACAGGAUGAACUGCCUGGCUUCUUACAUUUGUUGUAAUUCUGAGAUUCACCUCUUGUUCGUCUUUACUGCUGGGUAGUAUCCUGUUGUACAUGCAUACCACAAUUUGCUUAUGCAUUCACAAUGCGUGGAUGAACAUUUGAUUGGUUCUAGUUUGGGCUGCCACAAUUACAAUUUCUAUGAAUAGCUUUCAGCUCUCUUGCUCUGAGGAGGCCCCAGUGCAACUUUCGUCGCCAGUCCCAAAAUCAUCUGGCACUAGCCACCUCCACCACGCCGCUUACAUUCGAGCCCCAGGAGAUCAAAACUGUAUACCUAAAGUGCACUGGCAGGGAGGCCGGUGCCGUGUCUGCCUGGGCCUCCAAGAUGGGCCCCUUAGGGUCUGUCCCUCAAGAAGAUUGGUAACGACAUCACCAAAAGAAACUGGUGAUGGCAAGGGCUGGGGAUGACAGUGAACAGAUAGGACGCCAUACGGGCGGUGCCUUCUGCCUCUGCCCUGAUCAUCAAACCCCUCAAGAAACCACCCAGGGACAGAAGCAGGAAAACAUGAAGCACGGUGGGAACAUCACUUUGGAUAAUAUUGUCAAGUUACUGGACAGAUACCGCACCCACCUUUAACUAGAGCACUUGGAACCCACUAAAGAGAUCAUGGGGAUUGCCCCGUCUGUGGGAUGCAGUGUGGAUGGCUGUCACCCUCAUGACACCAUAGAUGUCAGCAGUGGUGCAGUGGGAUGCCCAGCUACAAAGGAAAAGAUCUCAAGGAAAGAUCGUUUGAUGACCGUCCCUACCAAAGCUAUGAAUAUUCAUACACGAGUCUUUGGACAUACACUUUUAUUUCUCUUGGGUAAAAGCCUAGGAGUGGAAUAAUGGGUCAUAUAUGGUUUUAACUUUUUUCUUUUUUUUAAGAUAGACUAUUUUUCAGAGCAGUUUUUGGUUUACAGAAAAACGGCUCCUUAAGUACCGAGAAUUGGGCACAUACCCCCCUCUUUCUCCCUUACAUUGUUUCUCUUGUUGUUAAUAUCCUACAUUUGUGUGGUAUAAUGUCAUGUAACUAUCAUUGUAGUAUCAUACAGAAGUUUCAGGCCCUCAA